UGUUGUUCUCAUUAGUUUUGCCUCAAGGGUCAUGAGAGAGUCACAAGACUCUGUAUAGACUGACCUUCUAGAGCACUCUAUGGCGCCAGUCUUUUCUUUCCAUUCCUUUUCACAUCGCCUUUUCAUGUCUCCAGCACUUGCGUUUAGAAAACACAGAUUAAAAACCAGCAAUAUGGCAGACAAAAAACCCAAAAUCAUAACCAUGCUCAUAAAUUCACUCGGUCCUCUGUCACUAAUCCUUGAUCUGAAUCUUCUGUUAACAGUUUUAUAAAGCCAUCAGGUUUUCCAUUAAAAUUCGUUAAUUUCUUAGCCAGUUCAGCAGUAUAGUCUGAACAUUAGCAGAAACCCGUACUUGUCAAAAAGUCCUUUUGGUGAAUCUUCUUGAAGAAGAAACCUUUUUGCAAAAUCAUCAGAGUAAAAUAACUGUUUACAAAUGACAAAAGACUUAAAAGUCAAAGACCCAAUUACAAUGCAAUUGACAAGGACAGUUGGUUACUGCUAUGAUACACAGCAAUUUAAGAUAAUAACUACAAUUACAACAUAUCAUUUGUCAGAACAUGUCAGAAUUUCAGGACUUCCAUAUAAUUUCUGGAAUAUCUAUGUUAAUAACACUUACUUAUAUGAUACCAUCUAAGAAGUUUUACCACCAGGUACUUGACGCUCCCGUAUAGUUUAACAUACCAAAUAAGCCUAAGUUAUUUUUGUCAAGGUGAAGACAAGACAAGACAUUCUGUUAACACAGUUGGUCAGCUUCCUGAUAAUCAGAGAGAAAUGACCCCAUGGUGCGGGGUUGUGUCUGUUUUUAUAGCCCAGGGAGGGGAGGGGUCUCAGGAUACACCUGCUGAUCUGCUGAUUGGUUGGGGAAAGAGGGGUCUUGCGAUACCCUUGCCGGUUGGCGGGGGGCUUAUAAGGUCCCUGUAGGGGCGGGGUGAGGAGUGGGCCACAUACUUUCCUAGUGGGGCAGGAAGGAGGAGGCCAGGUGGCUCCAGGUGGCAGAGGGGGCAUUUCAAGGAGAAGCCUGCCUUGCUGAUAAGGGUGUGGUCAUUCUUGUCUUGGCUAGAAAUCCAAGUUAGUUUAAACUUACUCUCUGAAAGGAAAAGAAAACAAACAUUUUGAGGUGAUCCAGGGGCCCUUUGGAAAACCUCAAAGUUAGCUAGAGGUCCAAUGAACUUCAUUUAGAAUUUGAUGUUUGGGAAAUUUGUCAAAAAUACCAAAGUCUCAAAACACCUGGUCAAAUAGGAUCAUAGGUCACUGUGGGAAAAAUACCUGAUCAUUUAACCAAAGGGACAAUAAAAAGUCUCAAAGGUUGUAACGCGUCACUUAAAUGUUAAAGAAACACAUCCAAUCUACUCCCAAAAGCAGUUCAAUAUUUUAGGAAAGCUUUAUCCUCUUAGAGAAGCAAUUAAAUUCAGGUUUUGUACCCUUUUAUCUUUAAAAUUCAUUUUCUUAAUUAAAUUCAAUCUUAUCUCAGCCAAUCCUGACUCUGCAAAACGCAAGCUUCCUCCUCCGCAAACCAGCCACAGAUUUUUCCAUACCCGUGUUUCUCUGUUCCUCAUUUUCUUUUCCAUUCAGAACAACCAGCUGUCGGGCAAGAAACACCUUUUUUUUCCUUCUAAGAAAAUGCAUUUCCAUUCUUCGUCCCUUAUUUUACUGAAAACAAGCUUCCCAUUUUCCUUGCAUAUGGAAAUGUUUCCCUUUAUUACUUUAGUAGCUUCAGUUACACGUACUAUAAUUCUUAGCCUUAAAAACCAUCGCUCGCAAAAACGAGGCAGGAGAGAAAGAUGUUCCUGCGGUGCUCCCGCCCCUUCUCCUCUCGCUCCCCAUCGUUGGCGCCUUGCUUCUCCUGCAGGCCCAGGCCUCCUGCUGAGCUCCCUCUGCUGUGGCGUCUGCUCCCAAGCCCGUGGCACCCCGCUCUCUAGCCCCUCAGGCCAUGGCACACAGCCACCCCUAGUCCUCUCCCUGGAACCGAGCUCCCAAGCUCAGGUCUCAGUGCCCAGCUGUCGCCCGAACAUCCCAGGCCGUGGUGUCCUGGGUGCUGGUGCUGAUGGUCUGUGCGGCUGCCUCUGGGCUUUGCCCUCCUCUGUCGGCUGCUGAGCUUUUCUCUGAGGCUUUGAGGCUCCCCCUCCAUCCCAGCUGAUCUCCCUGUCGGGUAGGUGGCUUCCCACGGUGUGAGGUCCAUUCCUCUUUCACGGCUCCCUGUCCAGAGCGCCGGUCCUGUUCUGAUUCAUUUUUGUGUCCUCUCUCUCUCUCUCUCCCUCUGGUUCUCCCCAGUUGGGUGGAGGGUUUCUUGCCCUUUGUGCAGGUCUGAAGUCUUCUGUCCGUGGUCAGCAGAUGUUCUGUGUGAAUCAUCCUACGCGGAGGUGGGAUUUUUUGUGUGUUUGUGGGAGAAGGUGAGCACCACGUCGUAUGUCUUACUCCUCCGGCGUCUUGAUCAGGAAAGUCCAAAACUGGACUCUUAAUUCUCCCCUGGAAAUCUGCUUUUCCCACUUCCUCCCUCCCCCAGAGCAAUAACCCCAUCCUUCCAGUUUUUCUGGGCCAGAAUCCCCGGCAUUAUCCUUGACACCCGUUUUGCUCUCACACUUCAGAAGCUCUUGUUACCGCACCCAGUGCAGGUGCAGGGGUGGGAAUUUUGCUCUCUGUGGCGGCCUGAGGCAAGAGGAGCCACCGCAGGAAGAAUAUGCGACGCUCAGUUUCCUUGCUAAGUCUUUACCCCGUCUCCUCCCUCUCAGCCGGUGUAUACAUGCACCCACACACAACCUGUGGGAAGACACCCCGGUGUCCCCUUAUGCAGGAAGGAGGAAGUGACAGAGAGAUUAUGAUGCAAUGAGGGCCUUGUGACUGACACUGUGACAUUAUGAGCUCAGGAUUUUCCUGCAGUGUUUGCCCACGUGACAUGCAUGAGACCUGACUCAGUGCUUCUCCUGGCCAACAUCCCAGCGGCAGUGACUCUUACUGCUACCCACGGGAUGGGAUUUCAGUCGAAGAAUGAGACCCAGGGCAGCAACUGCACCAGCAAGGAGGCGCUGUGACAACUGGGGGGCUUCCACGUUGGCAAAUUUGCACUGUUAUUUCUGGACAGAAAUACAAGUUUCCCUAUGUCCCUAUGGACAGCAGGGAAGAAAAACGCUACAACCUCGAACUACAGAUGAGCAGUUUCAGGAUAGCCUUGAGAGGAUUUGAAAAAUUGGUUGAAUGGGUAGCAGCCCAGAAAAGAGAUGAAAGAGCCGGCUUGUUUAUCCAAAAAGAAGAUGUCAUUGACUGUGACAAGUUUUAUGCGACAGUACAGGAACUCUUUGGUCCGGAAGUGAAGAGUCAAGACGUGAAAUGCUUUUACAGGAAACUCUGCAACAACCCUGAUGCAUCUAUAGACUGGUGUGAGAUCUUUGGAUACUUCUCCUCUGAAGAAGGUUUUCUUACUUCCCAAAUGGAUGAAGAAAACUUGGUUUUCCUCGUUUCAAGAAAACAGCGAGUUGUCAUUUCAGGGAGCAGAAGACGGGAUGUGGUUAAGUGCGUUGUCAAGGUUCCGCAGCUGGAUUUACUGAUAACAGCGUCUCAGAAGGGACUGAUAACAGUCUUCAAUAGCCAGAUGAGAGUUCAGACCAGCACCAAUGUUACAGACACCUCCUGGAUCACAGGAUGUGACUACCUCUCGCAGCUGAAGCGAAUUGUUGCUACGACUGAAAGGACCAUUAUUGUCUGGGAUUAUAAAGCUCAAGGGAGCAGCCAGGAAAACUAUUUUGUCAUAAAGCCCAUGGAUCACUGCCUCCUCUGCGUGUGUGUGGCGUCCCUGCCUGACCAGCUCUGCCGGGAUGAGAUCCUCUUGGGGGAUGAUGGAGGUUUCGUGAACAAAUUCACGGUAAACAGUGAUGACUUUGGACUGAAGCAGGCAAAAUCCAAACACAAAUCACAAAGUCAGGUCUUAGACUCAAAGAACUUUAAAAGUGUUAAAAGAAAGCUACAUAAUGACUGGGUUAUGAAAAUUAGAUAUAUUUCAGCUCUAAAUUGCUUCGGAUCCUGCUCCUUAGACAGUGUUCAUUCAUUAGUUUUGGAAUCCUUGAAGAGACUUGAGGAUAAUUUGCCUGUCAGAGAGUUUUCCAUGCCGAGAGGAGCAAACACUUUUUGUUACUGUGUGAAAGCGAACGUGAUCGUCACUGGAGGAGAUGAUAAAGUGCUCCGCUUGUGGCACCCCAAUAUCAGCACCAAGCCGGUGGGGAAGCUCGUGGGGCACAUGUUCAGUGUCAUGGAGAUCGUGACAAACGAGAAAGACCAGCAUGUCAUCAGCCUCUCUUCUGCAAAGGUUUUCAGGGUGUGGGACAUGCAGACCCUGUCACUGCUGCAGGUCUUCCACGACAGCCAGGGAGGACCAGGAGACAUGCAGAUUUACUCGAUGGUAUUUGAUUCCAACCACGGCAUGCUCAUUACAGGAUCCAGCGUUGUGGACAUGUACCCUCUGACGAGGAUGAUCCAGGAUACAAAACAGGUUCCUCACACGCAUGAACGAGAAGUCAACGCCAUGCUGUACAACCAGCAUUUUCACCAGGUGCUCACUGUCUGCUCUGAGUCCGUAAUUAAGGUAUGGGAACUCGAGACUGGCCUCCAAAUAUACCAGAUUUUAGACCCGCAUGGCUUCAAUGUUGAGCUGACUUCCGCAGCCCUCGAUGAGAGUGGGUUUCUUUUUGCCACAGGAGCACGUAAUGGAACAGUUAAAGUCUGGGACUUUGGCAGCGGGCAGGAAAUGAAGGUGCUGCCAGAAGGGAAAGACUGGAAGGACGAUGAGCACUGGCUGCGGCGCCUGAUUUUCCUGAAAGCCCAGGAAAAACACCAGUACUUUCUCCUCGCUUUGGAGUGCGGUGGGAAGAUCAAGAUGAUCCAGGGCAAGGAGGAUGAUAUUUACCUCGCGGUGAUCUGGGAGCUGCCCGACGUUGUGCCUGUCCUACGAGGCGGGAGUCGGCUCGUGCAUCUGAGGAUGUCCACCAGAGACAGGAGCUCGGCCAUGCCUUUCCCAGAUGUGGAGCUGAUGGUUGAGAAGAAGUUUUCUCAACAUGUUCGUAAUCCUGCUACCAACACAGAAGUCAACUGCAUUGAUUUAUUACAAGUAGAAGGAUAUAAUUUGAUAGCUGCCGGGACCUUAAACGGUGUGAUCAUCUUAUGGAAUUUUGUAACCUCUACUGUCAAGGAAGUGUACAGACCUGAAGAGUGCGUCACGGUGGACCCUGACUUGGAUCCUAAGCGCUACAGAAUUAAUGACAUCCUUUUCCUCUUCCGUAACCCUGAAUGUGCAAGGAGAUCAAGUCAGGAUUCCAUAUGUUCUUCAUCCCAGUGUGAGUCCAGUAAGGGGCCACAGAGCAGCAAGGGAAGCAAACAGAGCAUACAAGACAGUGAGAUCAAAGGUGAGCAAACAGAUGUCACAGCAGGGAAGCAACCGCCAGUGGACAAAAAACAUCUCGGAAGCGCCAGUCCAUCGGAUGCUCAGCCACCUGUCCUCGUCACCGCGCAUGAGGACGGGCACCUUCGCUUGUGGGCAGUGGAGGGAAGGCUGCUGAAAGAUAUUCUGCCUUUCACGAAACACGCUGCCAUCUCCCUGACCUCGCUGCACACGGAUUCAUGCACCAGGAUACUACUGACGGGCAAUGUGGAAGGACACGUUAUCCUUUGCAGUAUUAGUUCCUUCCUGGAUCCACCUCAUGAUGAAAAGAAAUUCAAACAGCUGCUUGCCUGGCGUGCUCAUUCUUUAGAAAUUGUUCAAAUAAUCUACAUAGAAGACAAACAAGUGGUGCUAACUGCUUCCAUCGAUGGCUCAGUCAGGCUCUGGCACGCGCUCAGUGGUCAUUACUGUGGGUACUUUGGGCAGCGACGGAUCUUUGAAAUGUCACAGACAAGUGACUUUAUUUUGCCUUGUGAUGUGAAUGAAUAUCCCGUAGAAAUAAAAGAAGAAAGCAAGUUCACAGAGAAGAAGCAAAAGUAUGAAUAUCCUCUGGUGUUUGACCGGCAGAGAUGGAACAAAAUGAGCUCGAUGUCUCUGCUUUUCAAACGUACACCUCCUAAGGCCUUUGAAGUGGACCACGAUUUUAAGUUCUUCAAGUCUCUUUCUUCUCCCAAGAUUCGAAGACAUGCCUUGGAAGGUUUCAUGACUGAAAACCGAGAGGCAGGGAUUGUUUUUGGUUCUCUGCCUAUAUACAGGGUGCCAAGCCCCACUAGUCUAAGGUUCCUUCCACUAAUUGGUUCAGAAGCUCAGAAGGACUCGUUAGACGGCGUUACAGGAAAGAAGAAGGGAGCUCACGUCCAACAUGAGAAAGUACAACGGAGAAGAAGUCUGAAAAAAAAUCUGGUCCCACAGAUCAAUCUGGCCUCUUCUUUCUUCCCAAUCAUCCCCAAGUGAAGAGAGAAAAAUCAGAAGUGGCCUCUGUGCCCUGAGCUGCACCUCCAAGGGCAAAGGUCUGACUGAUGCUCCAGCCUUCAUUUCAGGAGGGAGAGGAAGAUGCAGCAGACCCCAUCACCGUCUCUGGAUCCUCAGGCCGUCCUGCUACUCAGGGAGCUCAGGCAGCCUCAGCUCUGAAUGCCAAGCAAGCAGCAAGCCGUCAGUUGGCCAACUUCUUUCAUACACGUACUGAAUAGGAAAUAUUUCUUAUUUACUGUCAAGAAAAUGACACAUAAAGAAAUAAAAUCAAAAGCAUAAGUAGAUCUAAAAUAAUGUGGUUAUCAGUGACUAGCUUUCUACCCCAUGUCGUUCACCUUAAUGCAUAAUCAGAAUUGUUAUCAGAAUGUGUGCAGUAAGAGACAGAUUACUUAUGUGUCAUGCUAUGUGGAAUACAAAGAGAAUUAUUAUUGAAAAGAAAAAUGUACCAGCCAAGCCUCCAGCCAUUUGUCUUUUUCAUUUAGAGAAAUAUCAUAUGGAAGAAAUUGAUCAGGGCUUCUUAGGUAAAGUCAGACAUUAUUUGCAUUUAGUCUAGAAAUGACUCCGGAUAACAGAACUUGAGUGGUUGUCUGAACUUGCUGGUUUGCCAAUAUAGGGAUGCUCAUACUUUUAUGAUCAAAUUGAAAUGAAUCCUGAAUUCAUUCAUUGUGGAAGACACAAUUUUGGUCAUAAAAUUCUGGCUAUUUUUAUUCCAUAAUAUUUUGAAAUCCCAUCUGCUAUUUAAUUCAGCAAGUUUUGAAGCCCAGUCCACCCAACCAUCUGUGCAUGGCUAGGGUAUUCUGGGCACUAUCUUUCACAUUGCAGCAUGACAUAAUUAGAUUUAUUACAGCUAACCAGAUUUUACUCCCACCAAGCUGGGAAUAACUGUCAAUAAUUAACAGGGUGAUGAUAAUCACCAGUGGUGAUUUUUGCAUGAGGCAAAAUUAAGUCUAAAAUACACAAGCCAGAGUUCCUGUUGCGGCUCAGCGGGUUAGGAAUCCGACUAGUAUCCAUGAGGAUGUG